ACAUUCGCGAAUCGCGAGAAAAUAGAAAGAGAGUGAGCUAUGUUGUGAUGAGUUGGUUUCUUUUGGAGUUGUCGUGGAAAACUUUGUAUAUCGUGGUUUUCGAAGAGUGAGUGUGAUGGGUUAAGCGCUGCGCUGGUAAACAAUAGCAGUGAUUUGUGGAGGUGUACUUUUGGGAUCGAUUGAAAAAGUCUACGUGAAAUGUUCGGCGCUCGAUGCCUGUGGCUGCUGUUGUGUUACGCGCAGUGUGCAAGAGCCAAUCUCGACACUGACUACGAAGGCGUUGCUACCAUCCUCUCCCAGAAUGAAGACCGCAGCGUGGAUCUGCCGGUAGAACUGGGCACGGACACUGCCUCCGGCUGUAUCUGCCGCGCCAGCAAGCACCGACACGUCAUCGUGUGCUUCGGCAACUACGAGUGCAAGACGUUUCCCAAGAUUCGAUAUAUAAGCAAGUCCCUCCGUGUACGGACCACAGCCAUCACAAGUUUACGAAAAGGCGACCUAGACACCCUGCAUCACCUGAAAAUCCUAGAGGUUGAAGCCAAUCACAUGCUCAGGCACAUUGAAUCAGGCGUGUUCCGCAACAUGAGCAACCUGCAGCAACUCUCCAUCUCCUACAACACUCGCCUUCAAACCCUGGCUCAAGACACAUUCGAAGGCCUUACCAAUCUCCACAACCUUACCUUAGUUAAUAACGGGUUCAAGAACGUACUUGACCUGACUCCCGCAUUCAAAGUCAGCGUCCUACCCUCUUUAAGAGGCCUGGACUUAUCAGAGAACUGUUUCGAGCAAAUACCUGAAGAAGCCUUCAUUCCAAUGGUGGGAACUUCACUAAAACACCUCGAAAUACAUUUGUGUUCUCUUGACUUCAUACAUCCCAAUAGUUUCCUACCGUUAAGGAACUUGAAAGAGCUGCAUGUUGGAGAAAACGAUCUUAACUCUAGUUUGAUUGGCAAUUUUUUACUGAAAAUGAUGGAAGAAGGCAUCAAUUUGACAAGCCUAGACUUAUCUGGUAUGGGCUUCAGAAAACAGCCGCCGCAACGGCUCAUCAACAUUAUAGCGCAAACAACUAUAAAGAGUCUCAACUUGGCCCAAAACCAGUUUGAAGUGAUCAACGAUGAUGCCUUUCCUCGCAUGGAAAAUAUAGAAGUGCUGGAUUUGAGAAGAGUCUCCGCAAUAACAAUAGGACCGAACACGUUUGACGAUACAAGGUUUCCUAACCUAAAAGUAUUAUUGCUGGGAGGAAAUAACUUGCCCGGAGAUCACCAAACUCACCUAUCCAACCAACUCAUUCUGCUAGACGUAUCCAGUAAUAAGGGUAGCGCAGCAAACCCUUUGUAUUACGAAAUAGGCAAAGACACAUUCAGCCAAAGUAAGAAACUGAGAGUUCUUAACCUUUCCUAUAAUCGAAUAAAAACUAUAUUUGAAUAUACAUUUAGAGGACUGGAGAAAUUACGGACUUUGAAUCUUGAAAAUGGCACAAUAUAUUUUAUAGGGCAAGAUACAUUCAGGCCGCUCAAACAACUUGAAAUGCUUAACCUAGCAAACAAUCCUUUAGUCGCCAAUGAGAACCUAACUAGCGCACAGUUUAACGGCCUCAAUGAACUGAAAAUACUUAUAUUGAUGAACUGUGGCAUUAAACGGUUCUACGACCAUGACAAUAUCUUUGAAACGAUGCCAAAUCUGACACAUUUAAACUUGAAAAACAAUCUACUGUACUAUAUCACAGCUGAAACCAUCAAACCAUUAAAGUUUCUACAGGUAUUAGACUUAAGUGAAAACCUUAUUAUAUCUUGGUGGAAGCCUCUGUUUUUGGCUGCCGGAGUUGCACCCAAGCGAUUAUAUUUAAUGAACAACAAGAUAUCACAUUUUUCAGUCAGCAUGAUGCAAGAUAUCAGCUAUCUUUUGGAAGAUGGGAGAAAUUUGACUACGGAAGUGGAUCUCAUGGACAACAUCUUCGUUUGUGACUGCAGCACAAUGUACGACACAUACUUAUGGCUCGACAAAAACGGGUCUACUGUACUUAAGGAUUAUUUUGCUCAAUCACAGUUCCAAUGUAGCAGUCCUGACGUUUGGGAGGACAGAAAGGUCUCAGAAUACUUAUCAUCCGUGAAGAAAUUACACUGUUUAGUUUACCAAAAGAUUUCAAACAUCAUGGUCCUCGUUUGGACAGCACCAUCUCUCGUUACGAUUCUAUUAAUUGUGUCUUCUGUAACGAUUAUCUACAGAUACAGGAUAUACAUUAGAUAUUGGAUAUUCUUGGCUAAAUUAGCUCUAGGAAGAACGUUGAUAGCCAAAAGUCCAAAAACAGAAAACAUGUUUGAAAAGGCUUAUAAAUAUGAUUCCUUCGUGUCAUAUUGUGCUGAUGAUAGGGAUUUUGUUAUGGAGAUGGUAUCGCAUUUAGAAUCGUCGCCUCCAUAUUUAAAGCUUUGUGUUUAUGAGAGAGACUUCGAAAUUGGUACGUUUAUCUCAGAAUCUAUAGUAUCAAGCAUAAAUGAGAGUAGAUAUAUAAUAUUAGUCAUAAGCAACAGUUUUGUUAGGUCACAAUGGUGCCGAUGGGAGACACAGCUAGCUGAAUAUCAUAGACUAUUUCUAGAAGAUGGAUCUGCGUAUGAUCCGUUGGUGUUGAUAAAAAUAGGUGAGAUAGAUAACAAAUAUUUGACAACGACUUUAAAGUAUCUUCUUAAGACAAAGAUUUACCAUUCCUGGGACGAAAAUAAUCCAGAGGAAUUUUGGAAGAAAUUGAAAAAUGUUUUAUCAAAGAAGUAA